UUCAAAUGAGGACGCUGACUCAUUUCAAGGGGUGGACUAUGACCCUGUUGCUUCAUAGGCAAGAGUCUCUCUUGCUGUCCUCUGAUUUAUGUCACUGUCUAAGUAGGCAGUGUGCUACCUACCAGGACAACUCGCUUGCUACCAGGACAACUCAUUAUGCGGAGAAAAUUGGUGGGCGCUACUAUAGGAGGAGGUUGGUUUCUUGCUCCAGCUGGUAAGGUGGUCGGGGCGAUGUGAUGUGAGUCCUGGCUGUGGCAGCUGCACCUGUCGUCCUGGGUGCCAUGGGCUUCACUGGGGCAGGCAUUGCAGCCGGAUCCAUCGCAGCCAAGAUGAUGUCUGCUGCAGCAGUUGCCAAUGGGGGUGGAGUUGCAGCAGGAAGCCUGGUAGCCACACUCCAGUCAGUGGGGGCUCUUGGACUCUCCACAUCAACCAACAUCAUCCUGGGGGCUUUGGGGGCAGCUGCAGGAGCAGGAGUCGCAGGAGCUGCAGGAGCUGCAGGAGCUGCAGGAGCUGCAGGGGCUGCAGGAGAUGCAGGAGAUACAGGAGAUGCAGGAGAUACAGGAGAUACAGGAGAUACAGGAGAUGCAGGAGAUACAGGAGAUGCAGAAGAUGGAGGAGAUACAGGAGAUGCAGGAGAUACAGGAGAUGCAGAAGAUGGAGGAGAUACAGGAGAUGCAGGAGAUGGAGGAGCUGCAGGAGUUGCAGGAGCUGCAGGAGCCUCCAGAGGAGAGGAGCCUGAGCAACAGGAACUUCAGGAGCUGCAGGAGCUGCAGGAGUCUCUGGAGAGCAGGAGCCUCCAAACCUGUUAGGGGCAAGAUUUGAAUUUAGGAGAUGACACCUCUAUCAGUUUAACCCAAAGCCUGUAAGAAUUACCCAGGAGAAAAUGUACCAAGAUGCACCUUCAAAACCCUCACUAAAGACAGAAAACAAGGAAAAAUAAAGGUGGUUUGUUGGUGUGGC